CGCCUUCUAUACCAAACGCCUCGCGGAGGAGAGGCUGAAAGGAAAAUGGCUGACGGUGUGGACCACAUCGAUAUCUACGCAGAUGUGGGAGAGGAGUUUAAUCAGGAAGCUGAAUAUGGUGGCCAUGAGCAAAUAGAUCUUUAUGAUGAUGUUAUUUCACCUCCUGCUAAUAAUGGAGAUGCUCCCGAAGACCGAGACUACAUGGAUAGUCUCCCACCAUCUGUGGAUGAAGUUGGGAAAGGGGCCCCUGCCAAUGUUGUUUAUACAUACACUGGGAAGAGGAUCGCCCUCUAUAUUGGAAAUCUUACAUGGUGGACUACUGAUGAAGACUUGACAGAAGCCAUUCAUUCUGUUGGAAUCAAUGAUGUUUUGGAGAUUAAGUUCUUUGAAAACCGAGCCAAUGGCCAGUCAAAAGGGUUUGCUGUUGUUUCUGUUGGAUCGGAGUCAUCUUCCAGGAAGCUAACAGAGUUGCUGUCGAAGAGAGAACUUCAUGGACAAAACCCAGUUGUUACCCCAUGUAACAAACAGUCACUGAGUCAGUUUGAAAUGCAAUCACGGAAAACUACUCACUCAGGACAGAUGUCGGGGGAAGGCAAAGCUGGUCCUCCAGGUGCAGGUUCUCGUGCAGCAUUUGCCCAAGGGGGUAGGGGAAGAGGGCGCUUCCCAGGUGUACCUGGCCCUGGUGUGGACAGAUUCCCAGGACCUGUUGCACCAGGAGGGCCACCCCCACCAUUCCCAGGUACCCUCCUCCUGCGUGCAUCUUUUCUACCAGGAUUACAAGGACCCCCUCGACCACCACCAGGCCCUCCUGGCCCUCCCGGCCCUCCUGGCCCACCUCCACCUAAUCAGAAUCUUCCACCACCUCUUUCAGGACCACCUAAUAGAGGGGAUCGACCUCCUCCACCUGUAAUGUUUCCUGGACAGCCUUUUGGUCAGCCUCCAAUGGGCCCUCUUCCUCCUGGUCCACCUCCACCUGUCCCAGGCUAUGGACCGCCUCCUGGUCCACCUCCACCACAGCAAGGUCCUCCUCCACCUCCUGGGCCUUUUCCUCCUCGCCCUCCAGGUCCCAUUGGGCCUCCAAUUGCACUGGCCCCUCCUCCUCACCUCCCUGGCCCUCCUCCAGGAGGUCCUCCACCUGCUCCUCAUGUUAACCCUGCUUUUUUCCCACCCCCUGCCAACAGUGGUAUGCCCUCUUCAGACAGCAGAGGUCCUCCUCCUUCAGAUCCUUAUGGUCGGCCGCCACCUUAUGAUAGAGGAGACUAUGGCCCACCUGGCAGAGACAUGGAUGCCGCAAGGACUCCAUUAAGUGAAGCAGAAUUUGAAGAAAUAAUGAACAGAAAUCGUGCAAUUUCAAGCAGUGCCAUUUCAAGGGCAGUUUCAGAUGCUAGUGCCGGUGAUUAUGGAAGUGCUAUAGAGACGCUGGUUACGGCUAUUUCUUUAAUUAAGCAAUCCAAAGUAUCUGCUGAUGACAGGUGUAAAGUGCUGAUAAGUUCAUUACAGGACUGUCUACAUGGAAUUGAAUCCAAGUCUUAUGGUUCUGGUUCAAGAAGACGAGAGAGAUCCAGGGAGAGAGAUCACAGCCGGUCAAGAGAGAAAAGCAGACGUCACAAAUCUCGUAGCAGAGACCGUCAUGACGACUAUUACAGGGAAAGAAGCAGGGAGCGUGAGAGGCAUCGUGACCGGGAAAGGGACCGGGACCGUGAGAGGGACAGGGAGAGGGAGUACCGCCACCGUUAAGGAAGCUGAAGGAAGAGGAAUGUUUGACAAGUCAAGAUGGGCCCGUCAUGGAAAGACUGUCUCUUUCUACUCAUGGAUAAGAGUGAACUUCAUAAUCUACAAGGAUGUGUAAAACAGCAAGAGUAAAGUAAAUCAAAUCUACACAUGGUAACCGAUGGCUCUCUUUUUUUUAUUUUCCUUUUAUUUUAUUUGAACACAACCUGUGUGAUAUAAAAAAAAAAUCUCUUUACUGAAAUAAAAUUUGCCUUUUUCUCUCCAAAACAAACAUUUGACAUGUUGUAAGCAUUUUGAAAUGUUCAUAAAAAUAUUGUUUUUAUAGUUUUCCUGUUAAAGGAUAUGUUUCAUGUAAUGUGUGUAAACGUCUCAGCUUUGAUAAUUAAAUAGAUCUAGUGUUGUAAUAAACUCUUUACUGGGGCUGAUAAUUGUUCAAAACCUGCCAUUUCUCCCAGUUCAUUUAUAUUAAAUGUAUGUGUUGUAAAUACUACUUUCACAUUGACCUUUCUUUUAGUACAACACUCUUCUUACGAAUGUGUCCUCUAUUGUGGUGACUACCACAUGUAUAAUAUGAACUGACUAAACUGCUACAGUUAUGGAGUUUAAUAAGAAUUUUCUAUUAUGCACAAUUGUCUUAAGAUAGCACUGUGUUCCAAAGCAGUAAUAUGAAUUUUGUAAUUUGUUUUCUAUGAAGGUGAAUCAGGUCUGAGCAUUGCCGUGUCCACUUAACGCUCAAUAAUCUAGGGUAUUAGUGCAACUGUUAAUAGUUCUUCAUGUAAGAUGCCCUGAUGUAGACCUCUAAAUUAAGUGUGUCUGCAAUGCAUAUGUGAAAUGCAUUUUUAAAAUGAGAGUAGUGCUGUAAUUUUAACUUAGUGAAUUGUUGGCCAAUGUCCUCAUCUCUGCAAGUUCUACAGCUUUUUGUCACACAUUACAGUACUGCAUUAAAUUUUUCCAAACAUAUAUUCAUUUAAUGUUAAUAGUUGUUUUAUAUAGCAAAAAUGUUUUGUUUUAUUUAAAAGCAAAUACAGUGGAGCUCUAAUAUAAUGUACUAUCUUGGGACCAGAAUUGAAGGCAUAUUAUUUAGUAGUUCAGUAUACUUCUAAUGUAUAAAGCACAAACUAUGGGUAUAUUGUAUGGGAAAAAUUAGUUUUAUCUGUCGAAUAGGUCACUUUCACUCAUAUGGAUCUAGAAAAACUUUGAAAGAGUUGUUUUUUAAUAGUAGGACAAGGGGUUAGAUUUGAAUUUGGGAACACUGUAAAUAAAUGGCGCUAAAGCCAAAGAUGUUGAUGCUUUUGGAUCUUAAUUAUUGAUUUUUUUAUGGAAUUUGCAAAAGUAUACUUUCAUUGUAUUCUGAAGUCCUUAACAUUAAAUAAAGACACUUUUUUUUUUUUUUUUUUUUUAAGACAGUGUGGUGGUCUUGAAUUGGUUUUCCAUGAAGAAUUGUACUUAUUUAGGAGUGCCUUGUCAGCUCUUCACUAAAUUCUAUUUUUCUGUCUUUUCUGGUUACGUUUUGCAAAAUUUGUUUUACGAUAGUCUGUAGAAAGUCUUUGAUCAUUCCAUUUGAAAUAAUUGACACUUAAAAGUUGGUUGCUCAUUAUAUUAACUCGUUUUGCAAUCAUUUAAGUCUCUAGCAGCUCUUGUUACAAAAAGGCCACCGAUACUAUAAUUUGUCAAAAAUAUGAAUUUGCUCAUGUUUCACAUACCUGCAACACUUUCUUCAACUUCACAUUAUAAAACAUCUAAAAUAGCCAUGCUUCCACAUCCUAACUCAAUUUAAAUGUAUUUGUUUUUGUUAUAAAGUUGCAUCUUUACAGAUUGCUUCCCCUUCCCACAUUUAUUUUCCCUUGUAUUCAGUUUUGCUGAAUAUCAAAUAGGCAUCUAAAUCUAGUCUUAAGUUUAAAAUUGACUCCUAUUUAGUCUUUCCAGUUAUAUUUGUUUAGGUUGAUGGUGGGCGGUUAGGCUCAUAUUGUAAAAGUACCUUAAGUAGAGAACCAGUAAAACUUAAGUGUAGCAUUUAUUUAAACUGCAUGUUAAGAAAACAACUGAGUAGGUGACAAUCUUUUUAAAAAUGUUACUGGCUCCAGGUUUUUCUCAAUUACUCAUUUUACACCCAUAGCAAACAAGUGUCAGUGUGUAAUCUCCAUUAAUUAUACUACAAUCAUUAGAAAAACAUAAAUGUUGGGUACACCUUGGUUAAGAAAUUCAUUCUAGGAAAACAUGGAAAGUUUGUUACACCCAUUUGUUUUCUUCACAGCACAUAUUUAGCCUGUGUGCAUUAGAAUAAUGUAGCAAAUUGUAAAUCUAUAAAAACAGAACAAAAUGAGUUUAAAAAAAAAAAGUUGCCACUUACAUUUUGUGGUGAGAGAGAACCAUCAUAUGAAUCAGAAAUAUUCAUCACUUGAAUUAAGGAAAGUUGUUUGAUAGAGACAAACUGUGAUGAAGUAAUAUUGUAUAAUUUUGCCAUUGUAAGUCAUUGUAACAAGUAAAAUAAGUGGAAUUUUAGUAAUUCUCAUCUUUACAGAAGAGUCCCAUAGUAGAUGACAUAAUUUCAUAUUGAUUGAAAGAAGUGUUCUUAGCUAUAGUAAGUUCCUUGAUCCUCAUUUCUUUAAUUUAAUAUAGAUUAUCUGGGGAAAGCCAAUAUCCCAAGUAUGUUAUAUUUGCACUCCACUGUAUUUGCUUUGUCAAAGAUUUAUUUUGCAAAAUAUGUAACAUUUACAUUGUUCAGCUCUGAAACAGUUUUGUUUUAGGGUUUUUACUCUGACUGUGAAUUGUUGAUAUGCUAAUGAUCAUGUUGGUGUAACAUCAAAACUGAGUGUUAAUGGAACAUUGCAUAUUCUAUAAAUGUAUGCAAUGUAUAACAGUGAUUACAAGCUUCCCCAUGUUUUUUGUUAAAUGUUGUAGCCACCCCCACGAGGUAAUAUUAGCAUAGCAGCAAUCUAAGUAAAUUAACUUACUUGCAGUGUUUUUUUUUCUCCCUUUAAUAAGUGGUCUGCCUCCUUUAUGCCAGCAUAUAUAUGCCAAAUCACAUUUUAUAAAGAAAAUGAGUCUUUAUUGUGUAACAUGGUAAUAAUGUUGGAAUUUGAAAAAGGCAAAAAUGAUGUCUUUUAAGCCCAUAGAACAUUUAUUUUAUUGUUUACUUGAACUGUAGAAGUGUUUGAGUUAUGUUCUGCAUUUAACACAAUGUAGCUAAACAUGAAAUAAUUUAUGGCAAAUGCCUUUUUUAAAAUAUUUCUUACACUUCUGUUUUUGAAUGUUUUGCAACAAGAGCAUUUUUAUGUCUGCAUAUUUUGUGUAGAACCUAAAAAAA